UUAAUUUCGUUCAGCUUCCCAACAAGUUUGGGGAUCCAUGCUCCAUGUUAGGCCCGCCCCUGGGCCUGCGCCGCGUAAUUUAUCUAGGCUCAAUCUAUCGAGGACAUAUGCAAUUAGAUCUUCUUCGGUUGGUGGCCGCACAGGGCUUUGUCUUGGGCAUUGUUCUCAGUGCAAGCCUUUGUCCUGCAAAUGCAAGCUAGGAUGGUCUUCUCAACCGCCACCUGACUCGAGGCAACAUUUUAGACCAUGUUCAUCGGCAUCAGAGGCCGUUCUCACUGCACAGUCUGAUAUAAGGAAACUUUUUGUUGCCAAUGAAAAAAUCGGCGUACUGUUGCUGAAUCUUGGAGGCCCGGAGACCCUUGAUGACGUCCAACCUUUCUUGUUUAAUCUUUUUGCUGAUCCGGAUAUUAUCCGUCUUCCUAGGGCGUUCCGUUUUCUGCAGAAGCCGCUAGCACAAUUUAUAUCUGUUGCAAGAGCACCAAAGAGCAAGGAAGGUUAUGCAUCCAUAGGUGGUGGUUCACCUCUUCGACAAAUUACUGAUGCGCAGGGAGAAGCACUUAUGGAGGCAUUAUGUGGAAAAGAUGUUCCUGCUAAGGUGUAUGUUGGAAUGCGGUAUUGGCAUCCCUUCACUGAGGAAGCUAUAGAACAAAUAAAACGGGAUGGAAUUACAAAACUUGUUGUACUACCUCUUUACCCCCAGUUCUCGAUAUCGACCAGUGGUUCAAGUCUCCGUCUACUGGAGAGCAUAUUCAGAGAGGAUGAGUAUCUGGUCAAUAUGCAACACACGGUUAUACCUUCUUGGUAUCAGCGUGAAGGAUAUAUCAAUGCCAUGGCAACUUUGAUUGAGAAGGAGCUGUUCAAAUUUCCUAAACCUCAGAAGGUCAUGAUAUUUUUCAGUGCUCAUGGAGUUCCUCUGGCAUAUGUUGAAGAAGCUGGUGACCCGUAUAAAGCGGAGAUGGAAGAGUGUGUGGAACUUAUCAUGGAGGAGCUCGAGAAAAGAGGAAUGACAAAUCCAUGUACACUUGCUUAUCAGAGCCGAGUAGGGCCAGUGGAAUGGCUGAAACCCUACACUGACGAGACAAUUAUUGCACUUGGAGAGAGAGGGGUAAAGAGCCUGCUAGCAGUUCCCAUUAGUUUUGUAAGCGAACAUAUUGAGACGUUGGAAGAAAUCGAUGUGGAGUACAAGGAGCUGGCUUUACAAUCUGGCAUCAAGCACUGGGGACGAGUUCCUGCUUUAGGUUGUGAGCCUACAUUCAUUUCUGAUCUUGCAGAUGCAGUUAUUGAAAGCCUGCCUUAUGUUGGCGCAAUGGCAGUUUCCAACCUUGAGGCUCGGCAGUCACUCGUGCCACUUGGGAGCGUGGAGGAGCUGCUAGCAGCAUAUGACUCGAAACGCGACAUGCUGCCUCCUCCGGUCAUUGUGUGGGAGUGGGGCUGGACGAAGAGUGCGGAGACAUGGAACGGCCGUGCUGCUAUGCUGGCCGUGUUGGCUCUCCUAGUGCUGGAGGUAACAACCGGCCAUGGGUUAUUGCACCAAUGGGGUAUCUUGCCACCUCUCCCUUGAGCAGGGAUGUUUCGAUUUCAAGUCGUCCUUUGAGGCGACCUGAUCAUAAUUUUGGUUCAUUUGGAGAAUGUCCUGAUGCUAUAUAUGGAUCAGUUCGCCUUACGCCGAGGGGCAAAAUAUGGACUGAAUUGGCCGGUGUAAAUAUGCUAGACUGAAGAUAUACAGAUCGAGUACUCACAACUGAUAAGCAUCUAUUAUCCUUCAUACUACAUUAGUACAGCAGCUGGUUGUAAGUUAGCAUUGUACCUACGUGUUGCUCUAUGAAGGGCUCCAGUAGGCAAAGCAUUGCUGAUUCUGGGCUUAGGCCUAUCGAAGUUGAAGGAGUCAAAUAAUUUGUUUCCUUUGUAUCCA